CAUCCUGUUCCUUCUGAAGCUCCUUCUGAAGGACACACAGCUCACCAUCCACCUCUCUCUGACCAUCAAACACCACCGCCUGGGCCUCUGUCUCACCUUUACCUGCCCCGGGACUGCGUACUGCUGUUCCCCCGGACUGCCAAUACAGACACCCCCUCAGGAGCUCAGAGCCAGGGACUCUACUGACAGCAGAGGCCCAUCCCCACCUUGUCCUGACGCAGUCACCCUAAGCGGCCAUGGAGGAUUCAUCAGAACAGUCGCGUUGGGUGUCCUCGGCAGUGAUUGGACCAGAGGGGAUGACCAACUUCUCCUCUGAGCCAGGUCUGUUACCUCAGACCGAGGAAGAGGAGGCACUCUACUCCACCGCUGAGACGGACUUCACCAGUCUGGCAUCCUACUUCCCCAGUCCCAGUCGCAGUCGAGCUGCUCCAGCCUACAGACACAGCCCAGUCCGCCAGGUCUAUUCCUCCUCGUUCCUCAACAAUAUCCCCUGGCUGGAUGGCUCUGGAGGCCCCGCGCUGAGCUCCCCCUACACUCCACCUCCUUCCACCUGGGCCAGUACUUCUUUUGGGAAGACUCCCAUGCACCCCCAUACCUCAUCUCCUCUCUACCCCCCAACUGCCACCUCCUCCUUCACCUCCCCCAGAGAGGGGAUGCCCUCCCCAGGCCAGGAUGGUAAGGAAAGCCUCCGGCUCCAGGAAGCGAUGAAGGGCGAGAGGUUGAGUCCGUUGGAAGGGGCGGGGGGCAGUUUUCUGACCCUGAGCUCAGCUGCUGGGGGUGUCUACACCCCACACUCGCAUUCCCUGGGGCACUACAACUCCUACAUGGCCUCCUCUCAGGACUACAAUGCUGCGUCCCUCUACUCCACCCCAGGGGGCUGGAGCACCCCCUCCUCAUACUCCCCAAAACUGCGGAACAAGAUGAGACUCUCACCACCAGAGGCGCGGGAAUGCGUAAACUGUGGGGCCACUGCCACCCCUCUGUGGCGUCGAGAUGGAACAGGCCACUACCUGUGCAACGCCUGCGGUCUGUACCACAAGAUGAACGGCCAAAAUCGACCCCUCAUCCGGCCAAAGAAGAGACUGAUUGUCAGCAAGAGGGCAGGUACACAGUGUGCCAACUGCCACACCAGCACCACCACACUGUGGAGACGCAAUGCCAGCGGAGAGCCCGUGUGCAAUGCCUGUGGGCUGUACUUCAAACUGCACAAUGUGAACAGACCGCUCACCAUGAAAAAGGACGGCAUCCAAACGCGGAACCGCAAAGUGUCCAAUAAGAACAAGAAGGGCAAGAAGAGUGGAGGGGUUGACCUGUACACUGAGGCCCCACGGGGACCCAUGUGUGAUCAGCACAUGAACCCCUACGCCCUGGGCUCUAGCCCCCUGCUUUCAUACAGCCAGGGGCACCAUUUACUGCCCCAGUCUCCACCCCUGUACUCCUCUGCUACACUGCCCUACCCCUACCACCCAACCUCAGGCAUGGUGCCCACGCUGGUUUAACACAGGCAGAUGCAAAAACACACCGUAAAAUGUUUAGUGUCAAUUCAACUCUAGCGGAGUUUAUACGAGUGCAGUCUGGCCAUAGUGGGGUUAUAUAAACGGUGAGAGUUGAUUGAGCACUGAAUGUGUUACUGUGUGGGCUGAUGCUAACUGAUACAUAUGUAAAUACACAGACGUGAACACACCUUUACACUUCACUGGCUCACAUAGUAGAGAGCAAGACUGGCAAACAAAAAGUCAAACACCUACUCAUAGAGGAAAUGCUUUGCUGUAAUAUUCAGGGAGAGACUCAAGAUCACUGGUAAAAUUACAUUUUGAGUAAAUUAAUAAAUGCCUGUGUGUUUUAUAUUGCCUGUAUUAUGCAAAACGUUGAAGAUGUUGUUUAUAUGCUGUAUUGUUAUACAUUUUGUAAGCCUUGUUUUUCUCUGUUUUCUGACUGUUGUGCAUUGAAACAUGCAAAUAAAUGACCUUUUGAAUACAA